CCGGGCCUCCCCCGCGCACAGCUGGCCCGCCUCCCGCGGGCGCCGGGGGGAGCCCGACGUCUCGAGGCCGGCAGUGCGCUCUGCGCGCGUAGAGCCCGGCGGACCCGAGCUUGAGCCCGAGCCGGCCCGGGGCUGGGUGGGCGGCCGGGCCGAGGCGGCGGCACGCAGAGGUGCUGCGCCCCAUCAAACUUUGGGCGCUGGAGCGCGCGCGUGGGCGCAGCGGCUGGCCCGGGAUGGGGGCCGCGUGCCAGGACACCCCAGGCCACCCCACGUUCCGGCCCAGCUGCCCUGGAGCCUCCGCGCCGCCUCUGCCGGAGUCCCGGGCGCCGCAGCCCCGCCGCCCGGCUGUCGCUCGCGCCCGCGCUCGCUAGCCAGCCCUGGAGCCGGCAGGCGCGGCCACCGCGGGCCCUGUGUUCUCUGGCGGCUUCCUCCCGGGACCACCUUGGGCACUCUUGGGCUAACAGGACAGGAAAACCCCUUGUGGAUAUAUAUUUUUAAAAUCGUGGCUGGGGGCUCGGGCUGGGGGGUGGGGCUUGCCUGCAAGCAUUCGGACUCAGAAGUCCGAGCUCGCUGGACCAGGAGCUGCCCGGCGGAGGGCGCAGGGCGGCGGGGCUGCUCGGACUGCUAGCCGGGCGCUCCUGCGCCACCCUGCCUGGCUCUGGCCUUCUGAGAGCUCAGCCAGGUCUCCUCGUUUGGACUGCGCCAGGGAGCCGAGAAUCUUCGGUCGGGUUCUCCGGGAUGUGCCCGUCUGAGAUGGGGCCGCUGUGGCACCAUUGGUCCCCCGUGCUCAUCAGCCUGGCCGCCUUGUUCUCCAAAGUGACCCAGAGCCGGGGCCUCCUGGAGAGCAUCCAGAGGUUCUCACUGCUGCCCACCUACCUGCCCGUGACCUACCGUGUGGACAGCGCCAACAUCUCCUUCUUCCUGAAGGAGGCCAACCAGGACGUCAUGCGCAACUCCAGCCUGCAGUCCCGCGUGGAGUCCUUCUUCAUCUACAAGUCCCAGAGGCUGCCGGUGCUCGCUGCCAGCUACGGGCCCUUCUCUGUGGAGCGCGUGGUGCCCCAGGACCUGCUGCUGCCCUCCAGCCCCUUUGGGCUCACAGACACCUUCUCCCUGAACUGGAAGCUGAACGCAUACGUCCUGCAUGAUCGCGUGUUCCCAAGUCAGCCCCGGCUGCAGGUCCUGUUCCACGUGGCGGGCCGGGCCUGGGGCGAGCCCCGCGCGGGGGAGCAGCUGCCCUGCCUGCGGCUCUGGGCCUUCCGAGAGACCCGCGAGGUGCGGGGCGGCUGCCGGCUGUCGGGGCCGCUGGGGCUGUGCGUGGCGCGGUUGGAGCUGCCAGCAGACUGGUUUGGGCCCCCCACCGUGGUGGCAGGCAGGAGGCGGCCCGUGGACCCUGCAGAAGGCUGUCCUGUGGAGCUGUACUACACCGUGGAACCCGCGGAUGGGUUAGGUGGCUGCACCGGGCACGAGCUGCGGAAAAGCAGUGGGCUGCGGUCAGGCCAAGGCGAGGUGGAUGAGUCCGGGCCGCCCCCACACAGGAUCGGGAGCGUCUUUCUCUACCAGACGCCCAGCCGGCCCGCCCUGCGGGAGCUGCGCCUGGACAGCAACGUGGCCAUUCAUUACAUGCCCAGGAGCGUCAGGCAGGGUGAUGUGCUCACGUUCCCCGUGUCCGUCUCCAGGAACACCACCCAGGGUGUCUUCACACUGAGGGCAAAGGUGAAGAAAGGGGUUCGCAUCAUUGGGGUGAGAGCCAGCAGCCCUUCUGUGUGGGACAUCCAGCGGAGUGUGGAGUCCACUGCCAAGUACGCACCAGCUGUCAUCGUUUGUCGGAAGAAGCUGGCUGGCUCAGACAACAGCGUGGACGGCCCCACCUACGAGGUCAUGCAGAUCGACAUUGAGAUCGCGGUGCCCAGCGACCCCCCGACCACGCAGUUCGUCACGUGGCAGGUGGAGUACCCGGGGGAGGUCACUUCAGAUCUGGGGGUGUCCAAGAUCUACGUGAGCCCACGGGAGCUGAGCGGGGUCGUCCCCCUGGCCAUGGAGGCGGAGAUCCUUAACACGGCCAUCCUCACGGGGAAGACGGUGGCCGUGCCGGUGAAGCUGGUGUCGGUGGCGGAGGACGGCGCGGUGGCCGAGCUGCGGGAGUCGGUGGAGUGCAGCUCCUCGCAGGAGGAUGUGCUGAAGGUCUCUGACAGAUGUGACUAUGUCUUUGUCAACGGCAAGGAGAUGAAAGGCAAGGUGGACGCAGUGGUGAACUUCACCUACCAGCACCUGAGUGGGCCGCUGCAGAUGACGGUGUGGGCGCCCCGGCUGCCACUGCACAUCGAGGUCUCAGACACGGAGCUCAGUCAGAUCAAAGGCUGGAGAGUGCCCAUUGUCUCCAACAAAAGGCCAGCUGGGGACAGCGAGGAAGAGGAAGAUGAGGAGAGAAGGGGCCGGGGCUGCGCUCUCCAGUACCAGCACGCCAUGGUGCGGGUCUUGACGCAGUUCGUGGCUGAGGCGGCGGGCCCUGGUGGGCAGGUGGCUCACCUGCUGGGCUCAGACUGGCAAGUGGACAUCACGGAGCUCAUCGGCGACUUCAUGCAGGUGGAGGAGCCCAGGGUGGCCGUGCUGCGGGGAGGACAGAUCCUGGUCGGCCAGGAGCUGGGGAUGACCACGCUCCAGAUCUUGUCGCCUUUGUCAGAUGCCAUCCUGGCUGAGAAGACGGUCACUGUGCUGGACGACAGGGUGACCGUCACAGACCUUGGAGUGCAGCUGGUCACGGGGCUGUCAUUGUCCCUGCAGCUCAGCCCGGGGAGCAACAGAGCCAUCUUCGCCACCACGGUGGCCCAGGAGCUACUGCAGAGGCCCAAGCAGGAAGCCGCCAUCAGCUGCUGGGUUCAGUUCAGCGACGGUUCCGUCACCCCCUUGGACAUUUACGAGGGGAAGGAUUUCUCCCUGGUGGCCACGUCCCUGGACGAGAAGGUGGUCUCCAUCCACCAAGACCCCAAGCUCAAGUGGCCGGUCAUCGCGGCCGAAACGGAAGGCCAGGGCGCCCUGGUGAGGGUGGAGCUCGCCAUCAGCGAGCCAUGCCAGAAGUCCAAACGGAAGAGCGUGCUCGCCACAGGGGCCGCACACAUCAGAGUGAAAUUUGGCCAAAAUGAUGCCACCCCCAACAGUAGCAACAGCGGGCCCCCGGGGGCAGGGGCCCAGCAGGAGGGCAGUGUCAGUGACAGGAACCCUGGAAGACACCAGCCGGAAGUGGGGAGGCCAGGAGGGCCGUCCCCUGGCAGCUCGUCCAGGGGGCUCAAGGAAGGCAGGGGUGCCACCACCGAGAGGGCUGCCUUCUGGAAGGAGCGCGUACCGGGGAGCCCCCUGGACGACAACAGCCCCGGCCGGGCCCUCCCCACUGUGCUCCCAGGCUUCCCAGACCAGGGGGACCUCCCAGGGGACAGCACAGCCAUGGACGAGAGCGACGCUGCACAGGCCUCCAAGGGCCUGAGCGACCUGGAGAUCGGCAUGUAUGCGCUGCUGGGUGUCUUCUGCCUGGCCAUCCUUGUCUUCCUCAUCAACUGUGCCACCUUCACCCUCAAGUACCGGCACAAGCAGGUGCCCUUCGAGGAGCAGGAAGGGCUGAGCCACUCGCAUGACUGGGUGGGCCUGAGCCAGCGGACCGAGCUGCUGGACAGUCAGGGCCCCCUUGCCGCCUCCCCGGAGGAGCAGGUGACAUGCGUCGACCAGGGCGUGGACCUGGAGGAGAGCAAGUACCUGCUGAGCACAGACCCCCAGAAGGGGGGCCUCAAUGGGCAGCUGCUCCAGCCCGCAGCCCCCAGCCUCAGCCUGGGCCCCGGGAAGGAGCAAGGCGAGCCCCCCACAUCGCCCACCUCCCAGAGGAAACGGGUGACGUUCACCACCUUCACGGCCAUCAGCGUCACGGGUGGCGGCAGACCUCUGGGGACGCGCAGCGAGGACGUCAAGUGGGGCUGCCAGGACCUGGGUCCCGGGCAAGGGCUGCAGUUGCACGGGCACACUGCAGAGUCGCGGGAAGGCGUGUGAGCUGGGCACGCGCUGAAUUCUGUUCUCAUUCACCUUUCGGCCUUCAAUCCUGAGAUGUGUGUGGCUGGGUCUGCACGUGGGAGAGACGGGAAGGGGGGCAGGAUGUAGGGGAGGCCCCAGGAAAUGAGCCUGUCCGGAGCCCGGAAGGCUCAGUGCUGUUCCCACAUCGGGUUUGUCCUGAGCGGCGAGAGUGCUCAGACCUGCAGGGGAGCCAGCUCUGAACUGCCAGGCUCCCGGGGAAGAUCGGCUCCAGCUCUCAUCAGAGCAGUCCGGACGCCGCUACCUGCGGGG